AUGCAGAGACAGACUCAUCUGCCUGCUGGGCACAGAGUGUCUCCCAGGGCAUCUUCCUCCUGGCUGCCCCAUGCACUGGCAUUGGGGACCCAGGUGCUGUGCCUGCUUUUGAUGAUAGGACUCAGAGUCUACGAUGCCAUGGUCACUGAGCUCAGCUCAGAGAAGGGGAACAUCAGUCAGCUGCCCAUGUCCUGCGCAAGCCAGAUGCCACAAUGCCUUCCAGGAACUCCAGAGGAACAGCCUCGUGAUACAGGGGAGAAGUGUCCAUCACAGUGGGUUGUCCGCAAGGACACAUCCUAUCUCUUUUCUCCUGAAAAAGGAACUUGGGAAAAGUGUAAUUCCUCCUGCAUUUCACAAUCUGCCCAGCUGCUCACCAUUGAGGGUGGAGAAGAGCUGGAUUUCAUAAAAAAAGUAUUAUUUCAAUAUUUUGAAGUUCAUGACAGUAUUCCCCGGUACUACGCAUUCUGGAUUGGACUGUCGUAUGAUCCUGGAUCCAGGAAGUGGCUCUGGGCAGAUGACUCGGAUCUCUCCUCUGGCUUGUUUGAUAUCCAAGACCUCAGUAUGAAGAAUGAUCAGGACAGAGUUUGUGCCUAUAUCCACGGUGGGAGACCUAAAGGUGGCGUCUGUGGAGAAACUCAUUUCUGCAUUUGUGAGAAGAGAAGUAAGGAAUGGGUAGGGACACAUUAA